ACAAAGAGCCAAUCCCAGCGCCGCUGUCACUGUUAUGGUCCUGUCAGGGCGCCGGCGUCGUGGUGCUUGGGUGGUCGCCACCAAGAGGACUUUGGUGGGGCAGUCUUGGGGCAGUUCAGCGGCCCGCUGUGCCCGUCUCCGGCCUCGCUCCCAGCUUGCACGUCGAGACUCGUAGACCGCACCGUAGGGCGAGCGUGCGGGUCGGCGCCGCGGUCGCCUCGGGGUCUGGGCCCAGCCGCAGCCUCUUCUACCGCGGCCGGCUGGGAGGCGCCGCGAGAUGCAGCCUCCGGGCCCGCCCCCGGCCUAUGCCCCCACUAACGGGGACUUCACCUUUGUCUCCUCAGCAGACGCGGAAGAUCUCAGUGGUUCAAUAGCAUCCCCAGAUGUCAAAUUAAAUCUUGGUGGAGAUUUUAUCAAAGAAUCUACAGCUACUACAUUUCUGAGACAAAGAGGGUAUGGCUGGCUUCUGGAAGUUGAAGAUGAUGAUCCUGAAGAUAACAAGCCACUCUUGGAAGAAUUGGACAUCGAUCUAAAGGAUAUUUACUACAAAAUCCGAUGUGUUUUGAUGCCAAUGCCAUCACUUGGUUUUAACAGACAAGUGGUGAGAGACAAUCCUGACUUUUGGGGUCCUCUGGCUGUUGUUCUUUUCUUUUCCAUGAUAUCAUUAUAUGGACAGUUUAGGGUGGUCUCAUGGAUUAUAACCAUUUGGAUAUUUGGUUCACUAACAAUUUUCUUACUGGCCAGAGUUCUUGGUGGAGAAGUUGCAUAUGGCCAAGUCCUUGGAGUUAUAGGAUAUUCAUUACUUCCUCUCAUUGUAAUAGCCCCUAUACUUUUGGUGGUUGGAUCGUUUGAAGUGGUGUCUACACUUAUAAAACUGUUUGGUGUGUUUUGGGCUGCCUACAGUGCUGCUUCAUUGUUAGUGGGUGAAGAAUUCAAGACCAAAAAGCCUCUUCUGAUUUAUCCAAUCUUUUUAUUAUACAUUUAUUUUUUGUCGUUAUAUACUGGUGUGUGAUCCAAGUUGUACAUGAAUAGAAAAAGAUUUGUGUGUAGGCUGGGAAUUCUUGCUGAAGGAAUUGGAGAAAACCUGUUGCUGGCAAAAUUUUACAUGUUCCAGAUGGAAAGGGAAGUUUAAGUGCUUUUUAAAACAAUUUUUUUUUUGUAUUUAAUUAAGCAAUUGCAGUUAUCUGGGAUUUUUGGGUCAGAAUUUUAAAUUGUUUGAUUCUCCAUAUUCCAGUGAAUAAAAUACAAAAGCAUUGUGUUUUUAAGAUUGUGUCGAUAUUCACCUAAAAACUUGUGCCAAAAGCACCUGGAUUGGUAAUUAUAUUUCACUUGAAGGGUAAAUUUGACAAUAUCCUGAUAAUCAAAAGUGCAAUUUUUUUCUUCAAAAUGUUUUCUCCAGCAUCACAGAUCCUGCAGAUAUAUAUUUAUAUUUAUACAUAUAUAUUUAUGAAAUAAUUCUUACUCACAAAAUAUAUUUCUGAUAAACAUUAAGAUAUUAAAUCUGAUGCACAAACUUUUUUUAAUUUGGCCAUUAAUCUUUUUUAUUUAAAAAUUUAAAUUUGUUGUUAAAAUUGUAUAUAAUUUUUAAAAUCUCACACAUGCUUCAAUACUUCCUUGUUAAGAAUUCUUAAUAACUACUAAAACUGAUUUUUAAUAGUUGCUGAUAUAUAUUUGGUUUGUUUGGGUAUACUUUUCAAAACCAUUUUUGAAUGUCCGAACAUCUGAUUUAAAGUUUCUGUUUAUCUUUCUGACCAAAGGAGCAAGAGGUAUAAUGGAUAUGGCAUUCAUUAAAAUCAUUACUAUGUACAAAAACAGUAAUAUUUACAGCAUCAGUAAAUAUUUUUAAGUGGUACUUCUAAAUCAUAAAAGUUGCGGAAAGAGACCUUUAAAAUCUUGUGGUCUUGAACAAUGUUAUAUGAAGUAGAAAAAAAUAAAAUACUUCCCAGUUGUGUGUUUUGUUUUAUA